AUGGGUCCGCGUUGCGAUGAGCAGGAUCAUUUAAAAGUGGACGUGAAGGAUACGUUUAAAAUCGAACGACCACAACCAAAGUACGCCGAUGGUCGACGAACAAGUGCUCCGGCGAUACUGUGGAGUGCUGCAAACCUCAUCGAGGACAAGCCUACCACAUCAACAGUUGACUCGAUCAGUCUACUACAACGUUUACUAGAAAGACAACGAGUACUCGCUUCACAUAUGAAUAAUGACACAUCCAGUCCUGAUUCAGGGAUCGGACUUGAUCAUUCAAUGGAUUCCACGGAACAUAUGCAUAUGGAUGCACCAACUACCGUACUACAUGCUCAAGCAUCCGUAAUCACUUCCGCAAUGUCCUCGAAUUCACAGAAACAAACGCCUCUACAUCAUCCGACCGCCACAAAUCAAAAUCUUCCCAUAUCACCGUUUCUAUGGCCAUGGAUUAACGACAGUCGUCUUCUAACCCCCUGGCUAUCGUCACCGUUGUUGCCAUGGCCAGCACCGCCAAGAGAUCUUCCAACUCCUAUUCCUAUAGCGCCUACUGCAUUACAACCUCCAACAUCUCUACUAACCACAGUAUGUGGACUGCCUCCACAACCACUCGUUGGAGCCACUGCUACCGCCGCUCCCUGCAAUAUGUUCCAGAAGGAAAACCUUCCGUCGACAAUCACUUCAAAAUCCGCGUUCUUCUCAUUGCCGUAUAUGUUGGAAUCACGUAGAUAUAGUGAACCCGUGCCUCCUCCAUCACAUCUGCUCGCUCAAAGAAGAAGAAGCAAGGAAGUUUCCGGACAAGUCACGUAUCUAUGGGAAUUUCUACUGCGUCUUCUACAGGACAAAGAAUACUGCCCAAAAUUUAUCAAAUGGAUCGAUCAGUCCAAGGGUGUUUUUAAACUUGUGGACUCGAAAGCAGUUUCAAGACUAUGGGGAAUGCACAAAAACAAACCGGGAAUGAAUUAUGAAACAAUGGGAAGAGCGCUAAGAUACUACUAUCAACGCGGAAUUCUACAAAAAGUCGAUGGACAACGUCUUGUUUAUCAGUUCGUAGACGUCCCAAAGGAUGCGUUACAGGACUCUCCAUUCGACUCCGGGAUCGAUUCGGCUAGCUCGGAUGCGUUUGAGGAUCCGGAAAGCCCGAACGCCCUCAGCGAAGAGAUUCGUGUCGCGUCACCGAAAACCCCGUUGAAAACUGUUCCAGAAACGAAAAAGGAGUUAAAGGAGAACACAUCUAAGGUCUCCGUAGAUGCUUAA